AUGGACGAUGACAUGCUGACCACACUUAAGAUCCUUGUAAUCGGUGAGAGUGAGGUGGGCAAGUCCAGAUUGUUCUUGAGCUUCACAGAUGAUACUUUUGAUCUAGAACUUGCAGCAAUAACAGGUGUUGACUUUAAGGUGAAAACAAUUUCAGAGAGUAGGAAAAAUGCUGAACUUGCAUUAUGGGACACUGCUGGUCAGGAGAGAAAUUCAUGGGCUAAAUUUGCAUGGAAGCUUUCUAUUUUAUUUACUGAGGUGAGUGCAGAAACCUGUGUUGGUGUACAAUGUGCCUUUGAAGCACUAGCUGAAAAGAAUAUUCAGACUCCUGAACUGUGGGAAAGUAAGAACCAGAAUGAAGGAGUAAAACUGUCAUACAGAGAAGAAGGUCAUAGAGGAGGGGCAUGUGGUGGUUACAUUCUGUUUUACAAACUCUGGGAAAUGCCAUCUCUUGCAUAUUUACUCUGA